CAAAAUAAAAUAAAAAUAGAGGGACAACAUCAUACCAGUGGUAAACAGCACUACAAUUCUGUCACGCACUGUAGCCGUAAAGCGUACGGCAGACCGACCGACCGAACCGGCCCGCCGCAACAGACCGAGCGAACAUUUCGUGUUCAACUCUCGUUCGGAACGAGCGCGUAUCGCUGCGUGUGUAGCGCCUUUUACCGGCACAGGGCGCGUGGACCUUGCUGUGCGUCUUUUACAACAGGCACAAGCGAAUAAAGUAUAAACAUUUUCCCGUUCAGCAAAACAAAAGUGCGUCAAUCGUACCUCAACUUGAUCCUUGAAAGGUAAACGAUCGAAUUGCUGUGCGUGUGCGUGUGUGUGAGAAAAUUUUCCACUUUUGCAAAAAACCAGUGCAAAAGCGGUGAAUAUUCGAGGUCGUGGUUGCCGAAGAGAAGCAAAACGAAUAAUUACCCAUCGGCCCUCGGAAGUGAGUGUUGUGAUAUUGGGCAAAAAUUGUUUGUGGUGAUCGUGUGGAUCGAAGAUUUAACCCCGAAACGGGUGUUAAAAGGGUGAAAACGCUUUUUUUUCCGGUGUGUCAUUGCGUGAAAGCGAAAUUCAAAGCUGAAAAUAUUAACCUUCGAAGAUUUCCUACGAGUGAUUGUAAUAGCUGUGGUAAUAGCUUCAGAUGGCAAGUUCUCGGGCGCCAUAACAGGAUUGGACGCAUUGCAUCACCGGACGAAACGACACGCCAAAGGCGACCGCAGGUAGUUGAAGGUAAACGCAGCGACGCAUGUAUGGCAGUUGCAGCCAUCGGUUUGGAUCCGGAUAGUAUGAAUAGUUUAUCGACCGGCCGCCGCCGCAACGCUAACGACAAACACUUGCCACCCGGUGGACCCCGGACGAUGCAAUAAUUGGCCGGCACGAUGAGAUGGUUUAAACGAUCGACCGAGUCGCCGAAACUGCUCAGUCUGUCCCCGCUGCGACACUCCGAGUCCGGGAAUGUCUACGGCGGUAAUGAACCGGCCGGGCUGUCGCUGGCCCGGCACGAUCGCACCGACGCCGGGGCAACGAUCGCCCGGCGCAGAAGUGCGGGCGAUGGAGGUGGAGGAAUUUUCGGGAUGAAUCCAGCCGGCGGACCGGCAGAGGAGUUGCCGGCUGCCGCGGUCGGGAUAUCGAACUCACCGUCCAGUUCGUCCACCACGUCCGGUUCGUCCGGUUCGAGUGGAUCCUCACCGUCGACCAACUCGUCCUCCAGCUCGACAACCUCCAGCAGCUCCCCAUUUUCCUACACCAGUGACAGCAGCAGUAGUGGUGGUGUUGCUGGACAGAGGACCCUCCAGUCCGGAACUGCCACCACGCCAAGGAAAUCCCGCAUCGAUCUGUCUCCCGUCAGCUGGACAAAGCGCACCGGAUCGUCCGGCAUCAACUGCUACAGCAUCGAGGAAGGGCGGGUUAUCGAGCGUCCGAAAGGUCGUUACAUUUCACCGAUACGCAUCAAAAACAAGCAGCAAGCGAUCGCGAACGGAGCAGCAACUGUAGCAGGCAGUAGCACAGCGGCCUCUGCCACCACCACCACAGCCAGCUCGCAUUCAUUCACUCCCUCCACCACCACAACACCAGUAUCGCGGCGAAUACUGCAGCGAGCCGGUGGCGAUAAGAGCGCGGAUGUGUCCGUCAGCGGUAUCGCAUCGUCCGGCAGUGCCUUGCUCUACAAGCAACUGAGCCGAUCGAUCGGCAACAUUGUCGAUACGAUCGAGAGUCGCAGCAGUCCCUCGCUUAGCCAACGCUCGAUACCGUACCGGGAGAAGAAGAAUCCGCUCGGCAGUACGCGGCUGUCCUGCUACCAACCGAUCACUCUCGAUCAGGGGAGAUCGACGGACGAGGAGACGGGUCGGAAGCAUGGUGUCACCACGGUGGACAGCAGUAGUGCAACGUUACGAGUGCAAAAAGUGCGCCAUCCGCUCUACAAGUCGGUGGAUGAUUUGAUCUUCCUCGGCACUGCUGGGGACGUUACCGUACCUGGGACGUCAUCGGACGCGACUAGUAGCAGCAGCGGCACGUCCGAACCGCAACAAAGCACCCUGCAUCGGUUAGCAGCGUCCCAAGCGGCAACCACCACAACAACGCCGUCUGAUACGCGACGAAACCACCAACACCAUCUCAAGCGCGCUAUCACGGUGGAUGUGGCUAGUGGCGGUCCUGUUGCUCCUAAUCCAACGACCAACAACACAACCGAUCGACGCUUAUCGUUCCCGCAAAGCACGAUCGAGCGUGACGCACUGACAGCUGCUAAGGAAGCGAGUGACCCAGCUAGCGAACUACCAAAGAACGACACACAAGUAACGACGACGACGGUGGAGGAGGAGACCCCCAACAUGAUCAUGAUGGAUCCCGCCGAUCACGACGAAACGUACGGCUUUGCCCAGAUGCGCACGACGCUCGGCCCGAUCGAGACCGCCUAUCGGUUGCGGUUGGAAGCACUGAAGCAGGAAACCGCCAACGGUGGGGACACUGGUUCCUCCACGUCCUCCACCUUCAAGACGCCAAAGAAGAAGGACAACUUUACCAACAAAAUACGCGCCAUGUCCGACCGGACGCAGAAGCUGUUCUCGCGCAUCUACUCCACGAACGGUGGGACGGGCAGUGGCCAGAAGGGUUACCAUCUGUCCGCCACCAAGUCGCUGAAGAAGUCGACCGGGAAGCUGUCGGAGGCGAGCCGACGGAGCGUCAGUUACGGUGCACUGCCCGGGCUGGCGGACUUCCAGAAGCAGACGGAGCAGCGUAACGAUGACUAUGAGGAUGUGGAGAAGCCACCACAGGACACGGUGUCGAGCGCGGCGGCGAAGCAGCAUCAUCCGAUCGAUGAUCUCGAGAUGUUGGUUGGAGGUGGUACGGUGAUUGCGAUCGGUGGUGGCGGUAGCAGUACUGGCCACACGGACGCGGAAGACGGUGAUUCGGGUAUUCUGGUGAAUGAGUCAGGUGCUUCGUCGAUUCUCGAGACGGACGAUGUGUUCCACGAGCAGGGUCCAAGAAUACCGCACAUACCGACCAAGGUGCUGGUGAACGGUGCGGGAGCAGAAUCGACCGAGUUUAAGCUGGUCACAAUCCGGUUAGACGAGCAGGGAGAUUGCAUGGCGGAAGCGGGAAUACCGGACGAUGGAAUUGGUUUGGGUAUCAUCAUCAGCCCGAUUGCCACCACCGACGGGGAGGUUAGCAAUCGCUACAAGGUGGCCCACGUUAUGCCCGGAGGACUUGUUUGCAGGGAAGGUUCGAUUAAGCCGAACGAUGAAAUUGUUAACAUCCUCGGGAAGCGGCUGCGUGGUCUGUCGAUGCGUCAGGUGCAGGAGCUGCUGAACAGCUGCGCCCGGCGCGGUACUGGCCGCACCAGCAUCGAUCUUGUCAUUUGUCGCAGUAGGGCAAAUGGCACCGAUCAGCAGGACGACGACACCGACCACGGUCACCAUCAGCAGAGGCCACCGUCCGUCAACCGACGGUUGUUCCGCAACAGCCGGAAGAUAUCGCUCGACUCGUACCUGGAGGACGAGCGGCCGGAUCAGGGCAGUGGAAGCGAGACCGGUUCCGAGCAGGACACCACCAACUACACGUCGAUUGCUAUCAAAAUCGAUGGUAACAAGUACAACACGCUCGGAACUCCGCGACGUUCGAAGCAACCACUCUCGAUGGUUUACAAACAGCAGCAGCAGCAGCAGUCUCAACAGUCGCAACCACCCUCCAUCAACACCGCACUAACCUGCGAUGGGAUCCCCGCCACCGAGGUGGACUCACAGCCACCCUCGCUCGACUGCGCCAAGCGUCGUUCGUUCACCAAAAAUGUCACCCCAACGGCACCCUCCAACACAUCCUCGAAGGUGGUGCGCCGUUCGCUCGUAGGCAAACAGUCCAACGGCAAUCCGCCACAGCCCGUAACGACGGCCCGCAGCACCAUGAACCUGUGUGACGAUGAGAAGCUCGAACUGCACGCAUCCACCUCGGAUGAUGCGGAAACGAGCAGCGGCACAAGUUCCCUCGAGCUGGACAAAUCAUCCGCCAGUAACUUCUGCACGCUUCCGAGACGACCGAAAUCAUCCGCGCUCUGUUCGUUCCACACGGUUACGUUCGAGAAGGGCCCCGGGAAGAAGUCACUCGGUUUCACGAUCGUUGGAGGCCGGGAUAGUCCACGCGGUGCACUGGGGAUCUUCAUCAAGAGCAUCCUACCGACUGGGCAGGCGGCCGAGGACGGACGAUUGCGGGCGGGCGAUGAGGUGCUCGCGGUGAAUGGACAGGUGUGCCACGAUCUUACCCAUCUCGAGGCGGUGAAGAUGUUCAAGAGCAUCAAAACGGGCGAGAUCGUGUUGCAGCUGUGCCGACGGAACAAGUCCGCCCAUCGGUCGAUGGACAUUGAGGCGAAUGCGUGCUGAAGGAAUCCGAGAGAAGUGGUGUUUUGGCAAGACUUAUUAGCUGGUAGGGGUAGACCGUCGUAGACAGACGUAGGCUUCUACUUAGUAGACUGUGCGUUAAGUUAAAGAUCAGGUGGUGUACAUAAUAUCCAACCUCCAUUCGCUGACGCAACUCAGCACCAGCUGGUGGAGUGUGGGCAGUGUAGAGCGUAGAGCGUUAGCAGGUGAGGCGCGCAUCUGUAUGUGUAUGUGGUAAUGAAUCUAAUUAAACUAUGAACUGAAAUAUCCUACAAAA